AUGGACCCCAAUAUCCUGAUCGAGGCCCUCCGGGGUACCAUGGACCCGGCCCUGAGGGAGGCCGCCGAGAGACAGCUCAACGAGGCUCACAAGUCUGUGACCUUCGUGUCCACCCUGCUGCAGAUCACCAUGUCUGAGCAACUGGAUCUACCUGUGCGACAAGCAGGUGUUAUUUAUUUAAAGAAUAUGAUCACUCAGUAUUGGCCGGAUCGGGAGGUGACCCCGGGAGAAGUCCCCACACACACCAUCCCCGAGGAGGACCGCCACUGUAUCCGCGAGAAUAUUGUAGAAGCCAUCAUCCAAUCUCCAGAGCUGAUACGAGUCCAGCUGACCACGUGUAUCCACCACAUCAUCAAACAUGAUUACCCGACACGCUGGACGGCCGUCGUAGAGAAGAUCGGCUAUUAUCUGCAGUCCGAUAACAGUGCAUGUUGGUUGGGUAUCCUGCUCUGUCUGUACCAGUUGGUGAAGAACUAUGAGUACGAGAAGCCAGAAGAGAGGAGCCCACUGAUAGCCGCUAUGGUGCACUUUCUGCCCAUGCUGAAGGAGCGAUUCAUCCGCCUGCUUCCUGACCCCUCCGAACAGUCCGUGCUCAUUCAGAAACAGAUCUUUAAGAUCUUCUACGCCCUUGUCCAGUACACGUUACCCCUGGAGCUCAUCAAUCAGCCCAGUCUGGCCGAGUGGGUUGAGAUUUUGAAGACCGUGGUGGACCGGGACGUUCCUGCAGAGACCCUCCAGGUUGAUGAGGAUGACAGGCCGGAGCUGCCCUGGUGGAAGUGUAAGAAGUGGGCUCUGCACAUAAUGGCCCGGCUGUUCGAGAGGUACGGAAGUCCUGGAAAUGUCUCCAAAGAAUAUAAUGAAUUUGCAGAAGUUUUCUUGAAGGCUUUUGCAGUUGGUGUUCAACAGGUCUUGCUGAAAGUCCUGUACCAGUAUAUAAGGAGAAGCAGUACAUGGCGCCCCGAGUCUUGCAGCAAACGCUCAACUAUCUCAACCAAGGAGUGUCACACGCCAUGACCUGGAAGAACUUGAAGCCGCACAUCCAGGGCAUCAUUCAGGACGUUAUUUUCCCUUUGAUGUGCUACACGGACUCUGACGAGGAGCUGUGGCAGGAGGACCCCUAUGAGUACAUCCGCAUGAAGUUUGAUGUAUUUGAAGAUUUUAUCUCCCCGACCACCGCAGCUCAAACGUUGCUGUUCACGUCUUGCAGUAAAAGGAAAGAGGUGUUGCAGAAAACGAUGGGAUUUUGUUACCAGAUUUUAACGGAACCGGCUGCAGAUCCCCGCAAGAAAGAUGGCGCCCUCCACAUGAUCGGCUCCUUAGCAGAGAUUUUACUGAAGAAAAAGAUCUACAAAGACCAGAUGGAGUUCAUGCUGCAGAAUCACGUCUUUCCUCUCUUCAGCAGCGAGCUGGGCUACAUGCGAGCCCGGGCCUGCUGGGUCCUUCACUACUUCUGUGAAGUGAAGUUCAAGAUUGACCAGAACCUGCAGACAGCCUUGGAGCUGACCCGGAGGUGUCUCAUUGAUGACCGGGAGAUGCCAGUGAAAGUGGAAGCUGCCAUCGCGCUCCAGGUCCUAAUCAGCAACCAGGAAAAAGCCAAGGAGUACAUAGCGCCCUUCAUCCGGCCGGUCAUGCAGGCUUUGCUGCAUAUAAUCAGGGAGACAGAAAAUGACGACCUCACCAACGUGAUUCAGAAGAUGAUCUGUGAAUACAGCGAGGAGGUCACGCCCAUCGCGGUGGAAAUGACGCAGCAUUUAGCGAUGACGUUUAAUCAAGUCAUUCAGGCGGGUUCAGAUGAAGAGGGCAGCGAUGACAAAGCGGUGACGGCAAUGGGAAUCCUCAAUACUAUAGAUACGUUACUCAGUGUGGUAGAGGAUCAUAAAGAGAUCACUCAACAGCUGGAAGGAAUCUGCCUGCAGGUCAUCGGAACGGUCCUACAGCAACAUGUUCUAGAGUUUUACGAAGAAAUCUUCUCCCUGGCGCACAGUCUCACCUGCCAGCAAGUUUCGGCCCAGAUGUGGCAGCUCUUGUCUCUGGUGUUUGAGGUUUUCCAGCAGGAUGGCUUUGAUUACUUCACAGACAUGAUGCCUCUCCUGCACAAUUAUGUCACGGUGGACACUGACACCCUUCUGUCUGACACCAAGUAUCUGGAGAUGAUCUACAGUAUGUGUAAAAAGGUCCUGACGGGAGUGGCGGGGGAGGAUGCUGAAUGUCACGCAGCUAAACUUCUAGAAGUCGUCAUCUUACAGUGUAAAGGGCGUGGAAUUGACCAGGUCAUACCAUUGUUUGUGGAAGCCGCCCUGGAGAGGUUGACUCGGGAGGUGAAGACCAGUGAGCUUAGGACGAUGUGCCUGCAGGUCUCCAUAGCUGCGUUGUACUACAGCCCUCCGCUGCUUCUCAACACCCUGGAGAACCUUCGUUUCCCCAACACGGUGGAGCCGGUCACCAGUCAUUUCAUCAAACAGUGGCUGAAUGACGUGGACUGCUUCCUAGGGUUACACGAUCGGAAAAUCUGCGUCCUCGGCCUGUGCGCCCUGAUAGAACUCGAUCAGAGGCCGCAGAUCCUGGGCGAAGUCUCCACGCAGAUCCUGCCCGCCUUCAUCCUCUUAUUCAACGGUCUGAAGAGAGCAUACGCCUGCCAUGCAGAGCAAGAGAACGACAGCGAUGAUGACGAGGAUGGAGAGGACGACGAUGAAGCCGAGCUGGGCAGCGAUGAAGAUGACAUCGAUGAGGAGGGACAGGAAUAUCUGGAAAUGUUGGCGAAACAAGCCGGAGAGGACGGCGAUGACGAAGAUUGGGAGGAAGAUGAUGCGGAGGAAACGGCACUAGAAGGUUAUACGACUCUGAUCGAUGACGAGGAUAACCCCGUAGACGAAUAUCAAAUAUUUAAAGCUAUAUUUCAGAAGCUGCAAGGACAGGAUCCUGGCUGGUAUCAAACGCUUACUCAAGGACUCAGCGAAGAGCAAGGAAAACAAUUACAAGACAUCGUCACGCUGGCAGAUCAGAGGCGAGCAGCUCACGAAUCCAAAAUGAUCGAGAAACACGGAGGCUACAAAUUCAACGCUCCAGUUGUGCCAAGUUCCUUCAAUUUUGGCGGGCCCGGCAUGAAUUGA